AGGCACGUUGUUAUUUGGCCUAGGCAACAAUGGUUGAUCAUUAUUCUAGUGCCUUACGAUAGGUUGUGAUGCAGCGAACAUUUUGUUUAUGGUUCACAACUUUGUUGAAUAAUGCAGGACGAUGACAGAUUCUCUGAGGCAUCUUUUGGCUCUGUUAUUUCUCUGCGAAGUGUUGGCUCAGAUGGUGGGUUUUCACCAAGGCCCCCACAAGGGACUAAAAAGUCAAAAGGAAAUGCCAAAAGAGCUUCAAAAGUAAAAAAACAAGAAUCUCCUUAUAUUGGAAGCAAGUCAGGGACUGCAAAGAAGACAGGAAGAGAACUGUGGGUUGCAUCAAUCAGACAAGGAAAUGGUAUGAGUGCAGAGAGCAGUGCCAUGAGCACGUGGAAUGGAACAAAGGCCCCACCAGGCCAGUCGAAAGCCAUGGCUAGCACCAGUGCGUUCCUUCUUGACCAGCUGUUGAUGGCGACGGGUAGGCCAGGGAAAAAUCACGUUAGGAGUGCCAGCUCAACUAACGUUCGUGUGGGUGGUAAUGGCCCGGCUUACAAAACUGCAGAGGAGUACUACGAUGAAGUCAUUGAACUCAAGAAGCGAAUCAACCAGCUAAUGAGAGAGAACGAGGUUAUCAAAUUGAAAAUGCACAAGGUGGAAGAAGACAAUUUUGUAAAGGCUCGUCAAAUUGAAGAGCUGAUAAACCCAAACAUGCAGACAAACGAAAUGCGACGAACUCUAACCGACAAAAAGGCAGAUUCUAGUGCGGUUAUAAAAAGUUUGAAGCACAAGCUUCAUUCCGUCGAAAGAGUCGUAAAAAACAAAGACAGUGAACUAAGCAAAUUGAAAAAUGACAUGCAAUACUCCGACAUGGCGGAACUCCAGAUGCAAAAUGAAGUGUGUUAUCAGGAGAUUCAAAGGCUGACAAGAUUGCUAACAGAACCUCGAAGUGCGAACACUUUGCAGAUUACGUCAGAAAUAAAGAAAGAGAAGACAGCGGAAGGGAAAAUAAAAAAAUAUAGCGAAGCAGUUGAAUCAUUGUCAGAGGACAACAACAGACUGAUACUAGAAAAUUCAUCGUUGAAACAAGAUUUGAAAAAAACAAUGGAGCUGAAUUUACAAACUUUGAACGUAACAAAAGAUGUCGAAGACAUGAAUCGAAUGGAGCUGCUAGCCAAAAUUUCUCAGCUUGAACAGCAAAUAAGAGAAGAGGAUAGCGGUGGCAAAGACCCGGAGACUCCUCGUGCUAAACGAAGUCCUUCACAAUCAAAACGAUUCCCUGGAAAGGCAGGUGAAGAAAUAAAAAGAUUAGAAGAGAGAGAACACGAACUUCUAGAUGAGAUUGACAAGCAGAAAGAUGUAAUUUCGAAGCUGAAAGAGGAUAGGACACAUUAUCGAAAGCUUGCUGAUGAAUACAGAUCACAGCUAGGGAAUGUAAAGUCAGGGGAAAAUGUUACAAUAAAACCAGCGACAGAGGACCUUGGAAAAUUACGGAGUGAAUCGGUGUUAUCGACGUCAAGCAGUAAGAAAGCCUCAAAGAAAAAAAGCACUGAUUCUUCAGAUGAAAGGAAGAAGAGAGAAAGAAAAGAGAAUAAUGCUGCACUUACAAUUCAAAGAAACUGGAAAAAACACAGGGCAGGGAAGAUUGGCAGUGGGUAUGGCAAAGAUGAUGAAGAAAACUAUGAUCAGGCCGUUUCGUCAAUUCAGGCAGCCUUCCGUGGACACGCAGCUAGAGAUAGAUUGUUAAGAACACAAAGAAUGAACGCAUUUAGUGAUGGCGAUACAGAUGACCUCAGCGAUUCAAGCAGCCUUUAUGAAGAUGACGUCAUAUUGUUGCAAGCUGCAUUUAGGGGUCAUUUAGCAAGGCAAGAAGCAUUGAGUCGAAACGAGCAAUGGAGUUACGAGGAUAGUGCGGAGGAAGAAGUCUACGAAGCUCCCAGGUUUCGAAGAUCGUUAGAUUCCGGAGAGCCAAUGGGACCGAUGCCUAGCCGGUCACAUUCAAGACCCUCUGUAAUUUCUCAGCGACGAAAAGUAUUUCAAACUGAGGAAAACACAACAAGAUCUUCUAUCGAAAGAAAUGCUUUAAGCAGAAAGCGAAGUGACAGGAGAUAUGACACUUACAGCCAUGCUGAUAACAAUCUUGAUGAUGAUGAUGAUGAUGACGACGAUGUUGUCAUUGGCAGCAUGACAAGCCUUACUAGUAACGAGCGUUUCGAGCAGGCAUAUUUGUCACAAUACAGAAAAGAGCCGUACCAAAAUGGCUCAAGAUCAGAUUCACGAAUGUCUAGCAUAAGGGAGGUUGAACCCAAGCAAGCUCGACCAUCUUUGAGUCACUUACAGAAAAGCUCGACAUCUUGGGGAAGUGCUAGAAAAUCGAACAUCGCUGACUUUUUAAGUGAUAGUGAAAACGAGGAUAUUGUGGUCUCGUCUUCACAGCGUGGCACGAGUAAAGAAAUGAUUUCGAAGAAGAGCUCACUGUCAACCCAAAAAGGAAACAGUAGCGCUUUUGAUAAGAGAAAACAGGAAUCGCUGAGAUUAGCAGACAGAUGGGCAACAAGUGGAGAGAAAAGCAAGAAGAACAGUAAGAAACAAGAAAAACCCCUUAUAACGGCCAGGCCUACCUCUUCGCCAUGGCAACGAGUAUCCAAGACAACAGCUGACGACGACGAUGAUGAUGAUGAUGAUGACGAUGAUCUAGUCAUUGCACCUGCUAUGUCCAAACAGAAAAGAAGAGCGCUAGAAGACGAACUAAUGUAGCUCUAUUGUGUCAUUAGCAGCAACCAAUGGGAUGGCUGAGCUUUUAUGAACCAGACUGCUUUGGAACAAGGGUUAUCAGUAUUUAAUAGGAUUGAUGUUGUCCCUUCCAAGAGAUGACCAAGAACUUGAAAUUUACUGUAGAUUUUAAAGGCACACUGGCCCGUCGCUAAAGGGGGGAUGUGGGGUGUGACACCCCCUUGAAAAAAUUUCCAUUGUGAAAACAAGGAGUUUUUUAUCAUCUAGGGGUGCUUAGCAGGCAAAUAAAGUAUGGCUCACCUACUUUAUCAGCAAAUGGGACUUGAAACCCUCUCCCUCUUGAACAUGGUAGCUAGCAACGGGCCUGAAGCCAUGUUACGAAAUAAGGACAGUUUAUGGAGCUAAACUGACGAACCUUUGAAAUAUUAGAUAGUAGUUUUUCGUGUUUUCGAAUUGUAGAGGCCGGUAAUUUUUCUUUAGGCAGGGAUGGCAUGCUCCUGACGACCAUUAAAGCAUUCUUUUCAUCAUUAAAUGCUGGCGAUGUAAUUUAAUUUUUUUUAUAACCAACGUCCCAAAUACACCUUUUUCAGAAACUCUUUUACCAUUUUGUCCCUGCUCAAAGUUAAUUCUUAUCACAAUCUACGAUAAUUAUUUAGCAACUCAGUCAAGAAAUGCACUGCACCAUAUGUGUUGAUUUUAUUUAUAUGUAAACCCAAAUGUACAUAUUUACCAGAUACAAUAUCUCCAAUAUGAAUUAAUUUGUCUCUUUUAUUCAUUGGCUCAUCUAAUUGUCGAUUUAGAGUUCUUUGAAGGUGUUCGAUUUUAUCAAUAUUUCGCUUGGAACCUAAUUUUCAAGACUCAUUUCGGUUUAGCGGCGGCCAGAAUCUUACAAGGUUGAAUCGACCUACAAAGUUAUAACUGCCUUCAACCCAUAGCCUUUUCGAAGGGAAAUAAACUUGGGGGCAAGCUUUUGUUUAUAUAAAGGAGGGAAUGAAAUUUUUUGGGACUACAGGCGCCAUUCCCUCUAGCUAGGACGUUGAAAAGGGCCUUGCUUAAGCAAACGGGGCUGCGGGGGCGUAAAGUGAUCUUCUAAAACUUAAGGAAAACAGGCCCAUUGGUGAAUUCUUGGUGCUUUUUCACAAGUUGCUUUAUGCAGUUUCUCGUGCAAGAAGAUCCUGGCUCUUACUAGAUUUUUGUCAUGAAAAUUAAACAUGUUUAUAAAAAGUACCACAGACGACCUCAAAGACACUGAAGGAUUAUAAUCAUGGAAAGUUGUUUCUUGAUUCCGAAGAAGAUAUGUUAACAGCCAGCCCCCAGGACCGUCGCUAAACACUUUCACUGAGGAGGAUACCAGUCAUCAAUUUGCCGACAAAAUAGGGCGUGGCCUUAAAUAUAUGUAAUUUUUGGGUGUGGCAUUCUAACGCAGUAAAUUUUGUUUAUCAAAGAGUAUGUUCUCGUUAGUCAAUCAUCGCUUCAAUUUUCGCUGAUCUUACCAUCUUCAAUUUUACACCAGAAGUCAAGUUUUUAGCAAAUCAGGCCCCCUGAGAACGGAGCAUGCAGAAUUUUUUUGCGACCACGCGCUUUAGAUUAUCUUAAAAUGCAUUUCAGUAUAUUUCUUGCAGUCAUUUAUUGCAAUCGUUUAGGAAGUUUUACAAUUUUUAGGCAAUAUUUUAUAUACGUUUCGUUGAAACUGUUCUUAAAAUGGAAUUCAUUACUUUAUAAGGUCCUUUAAACUUCGUGGCCCUGGGGUACUUUGCCCCCAUACCUUUUCUUUCGGUGGCCCUGUGCAUAGUACCUCCAGGAUCAGCAAUCAAAGUUUUACAAUAAACUUUUACCCUUCCCCAAACUUUAAGUGGAAAUUCGAUGGCCCUGGAUAUGCCUACAGUUGUCUGCUAAGCUCUAGACUGUGGCUACCGACAGCAAGUCAUUUGAAAUUUUUGGGGACAUUUGCCCUUCCAUGCCACUCAUCCCAUAGCGUUAUCUGUACCUAU